AUGCAGCUGAAUAUCAAUGUGACUGAGAUCAUUCUUCUUGGCUUGACACAGGACCCCGGUAGGAAGUACAUAGUGUUUUCCGUUUUCCUGUUCUUUUACAUGGGGACAUUACUAGGUAACUUGCUUAUCAUUGCUACCAUCAAGACAAGCCAGGCCCUUGGGAGUCCCAUGUACUUCUUCCUGUUCUACUUAUCCUUGUCUGACACCUGCUUCUCAACAACUGUAGCUCCUAGAACAAUUGUGGAUUCCCUGCUGAAGGAUGCCUCUAUCUCUUUCAAUGAGUGCAUAAUCCAAAUCUUUACAUUUCACUUUUUUGGCUGUUUGGAGAUCUUCAUCCUCAUCCUCAUGGCUGUUGACCGCUAUGUGGCCAUCUGUAAGCCCCUGCACUACAUGACCAUCAUGAGCCGCCGGGUCUGUGGGGUGCUGGUGGCCAUAGCCUGGGUGGGAUCCUGUGUGCAUUCAUUAGUUCAGAUAUUUCUGGCCUUGAGUUUACCCUUCUGUGGUCCCAAUGUGAUUGAUCACUAUUUCUGUGACUUGCAGCCACUAUUGAAACUUGCCUGUUCAGACACAUAUAUGAUCAAUCUGCUUCUGGUGUCCAACAGUGGAGCCAUUUGUACAGUGAGUUUCUUGGUGCUGAUGGUCUCCUAUGUCAUUAUUCUUCAUUCCCUAAGAAACCACAGUGCUGAUGGGAGGAGAAAAGCCCUAUCCACCUUUUACACACUGAGGAAUGCAGAGGUGAAAAAUGCCAUGAAGAAGUUAUGGAGAAAGAAAGUGGUCUCAGAUGAUAGAAAGUAA